AUGAAGGAUGGCAAGCGCAAAAGGGACUACAACAAAGAGACCCGGGCGUGUGGUUGCGAUGACUUUGACGAGCACUUGGAGCGCCUGGUUGCACUCCCUGCGUCGUUCCACUCCGGGGUUAUCGUACAAAUUGUAAACAACGCGGACUGCCUCUUCCACCAAUGCCUGUUCAACCCGAGGCUACUGUUGAUGAAGAAUUUGAACCUGAACGAACUGCUGAAGUUGAAGAUCCACCGAAGCCAACGAAGCGAAAAAAGACCGACAAAGUGUCCAAACUGUUGA